AAUCGUGGUUCGCGACCUAAGCGCAGCCUAUUGAACGCCGUCCGAAAACAGACAUCCAUUCGACCCCCAAGGAAACACACUGCCGCACAUGUUGAUUCGUCGAAGUAAAAUCCGGUUAGAUAAAUGUACCUAUUUUGGUUUCAAACAUUUUUUUGGAGCAAGAUUAUUACUAAGCCAAUGACUGUGUUUAUUUACUUAUUGGAUUAGUUGUUGUCUGAAAGAUCAUAGUUGCAUAUCUUUGAUCAUUAAUUCAUGUUUUGGUUGGCUGUUUUCCUAAUGUACAAGUGAAAAAGUUUGAUAAAGGUGGAUAAUAUAUGAUUUCUAAGACUUGUAUGAUGGCGAGAAGAUAAAAAAUGGGUUAUAUGGGUUUUCUAAGACUCGCGUCUAUGAAAAGAUGGAACCUGCUCCCAAGCUCACACCUUGCACGGUUUAUGGUCACAACAUGUGGCCCAAACAAACUAGUGCAACAAUCCCAGUUUCCUGAUGCGCACCAACUAUUCGUUCAAAUGCCUCAGAAGAAGAAUGUUGUAGUCUCUAGCAACAUGUCGAUUUCAGGUUAUCUUAGGUCAGGCAAUCUUUCUCAAGCUAGAGGCUUAUUUGACGACAUGCUAGAACGAUCUGUUGUCACCUGGACAAUAAUGAUGGGCGGAUAUGUUCAGCAUAACCUGCCGAAGCAAGCUCUUGAAUUGUAUGCUAACAUGAUCAGAAGUGGGAUUAUGCCAGAUUAUGUGACCUGUGUGACUCUUCUUUCGGGUUGCGACGAUUCUUUGAUGGGAAAGGAGGUAAGUCAAGUCCACAAUCAUGUCAUUAAAUUGGGGCAUAGCUCCAACUUAAUUGUUUGCAAUAGUUUACUCGACUCUUAUUGUAAGAGUGGCUGUCUGGUCACAGCACUUGAUCUAUUCAUGGAAAUGACAAUAAAAGAUUCUGUUACUUACAAUGCUAUGAUUACAGGCUACUCUAAAGAUGGAUUUCACAUGGAAGCAGUAGAAGUUUUCAUUGAAAUGCAAAACUUGAGGUUUAAGCCAUCAGAAUUUACUUUUGCCGGUUUACUCUGUGCUAGCAUUGGUCUUGCUGAUCUUGCUCUUGGGCAACAAAUGCACGCUCUUGUAUUGAAAGCUAACUAUGUUGAUGAUGUUUUUGUGGGUAAUGCUUUGCUUGAUUUCUAUUCAAAGUGUAAAUGCGUAGACGAAGCGAAGAGACUUUUUUAUGGGAUGCCUGAGAGGGAUGCAGUCUCCUACAAUGUGUUGAUUACAGGAUAUGCAUGGAAUGAGCAGUACCGAGAAUCUCUUGGUCUGUUUCAUGAAUUUCAAAUGGCGGGGUUCGAUAGGAAGCGGGUUCCUUUCGCUACAUUAUUGAGCAUAGCAGCUAGUUAUUCGAAUUUGAAAAUGGGAAAGCAAUUGCAUUGUCAAGCUGUUAUGACUGGAUCUGAAUUAGGAACUUUUGUUGGCAAUUCACUGCUGGACAUGUAUGCCAAAUGUAGUAGGUUUGAAGAAGCCAAAAUACUAUUUGCUUCUCUACCAACGAGAGACUUGAUUUCAUGGACAGCCAUGAUUUCGGCUUAUAUCCAAAAUGGGCUUGAUGAAGAAGCGCUCAAGCUGUUUACUAAGAUGCGUAACACAAAGAUAAACCAUGAUCAGGCUACUUGCGCUUGCAUCAUAAAAGCUUCAUCUAAUUUGGCUUCGCUUACAUUGGGGAAGCAACUGCAUUCCUUUAUCAUCGUAUCAGGAUUCAUGUCAAAUGUCUUUUGCGGAAGUGCGCUGUUAGACAUGUAUGCUAAAUGCGGUUCCUUAAAAGAUGCAAUUAAAACAUUCAAAGAAAUGCCAGAUAAAAAUAUUGUCACUUGGAAUGCCUUGAUCACAGCAUAUGCUCAAAAUGGGAAUGGAAUGGCUACUUUCCAAUCUUUCCAAGAGAUGGUUCAGUCGGGUACUCUUCCUGAUUCAGUAAGCUUCCUUAGUGUUCUAACUGCGUGUAGCCAUUGUGGGCUUGUGAAUGAAGGAUUGAAUUAUUUCAACUCCAUGACCAGUAUCUAUAAUCUUGUUCCUAGACAAGAACACUUUGUAUCUAUUAUAGAUAUGCUGUGUCGAAAUGGACGGUUUAACGAAGCUGAAACGUUCAUUUCUCAAAUGCCAUUUGAACCCGAUGAGAUCAUGUGGUCGUCUGUUUUGAAUUCAUGCAGGAUCCAUAAGAACCAUAAACUUGGGGAAAAAACGGCUGAAAAGAUAUUCAACAUGAAUAAUGUUCGAGAUGCUGGUGCAUAUAUAACAAUGUCAAAUCUGUAUGCAGAAUCUGGCUUAUGGGAGGACGUAGGGAGAGUUAAAAAGGCAAUGAGAGAUCGAGGAGUUAGGAAGGUGCCAGCUUACAGUUGGGUAGAGAUUAAACGUCAAACUCAUAUAUUUUCAGCCAACGAUACUAAGCAUCCACAAAUGGAGGAGAUCUCAAAGAAAAUCGAUUGGUUGAUACAGCAGAUGGAGAGACAAGGGUACGAGCCAGACACGAGUUGCUCCCUUCACAAUGUUGACGAUGAAACUAAAGCAGAGUCUCUUAAAUACCAUAGCGAACGGUUAGCUAUUGCAUUUGCGCUGAUUAGUACCCCAGAAGGGUCCCCUAUAUUGGUGAUGAAGAAUUUGAGGGCUUGCACAGAUUGCCAUGCUGCAAUCAAGGUAAUAUCGAAGAUUGUUCGAAGAGAAAUUACUGUAAGAGAUUCCAGCAGGUUUCAUCAUUUUAAAGAUGGAGUCUGCUCUUGUGGGGAUUAUUGGUGAAUUAGAAUCUUGUUGAAGGUUUGUCAUAAAAACCGACAUUUGAUGACUUCCAUCAAUGAAAAUUGCAAGCUCCUCCAAGAAUGUAUGGAGGGCAUCAGGCAGAGAUUCAAAUGCUCGAGUAUUUUUGAACAAGCACUCUGUUCUGGGUCGUGGAGCAUAGCUGAAGUUUUGGGUCUAUAAUAUAAUGUAAGGCAUGAUUUCUGAUCGAGAAAUUUGACCUUGGCUAAUAUUACCUAGGCUAAGAUUAUCGCAUGAUUUCUGAGUGACCGAGAAAAGAACAGGGAGCUAUGUGUCCGAACAAUUAUAUCAUUGUAUUGUGUUUAACUUUGUCGGGAACAUGCUUCAUCUUCGGUUAAACAUUCACAAUUGCAGGUUCCGGUUCACUGUCGAUCGCAAUUAUAUGGUUGAUUUUCGCAUUUACAAUCGAAAGUCCUGAAAUAGAAUCAGGCUUGCAUAAUGUUUGAUUUCCUAUGCUUGUUAACUUUAUUUAUUUCUU